UUGCUGGUCAUUCGUCGCGACGAGCCCAUAAAAAGAUCCUGAAAACUACAAGCGAUCAUCAUUACCGGCGUGCCUUGCUUUUCGUGAUAGGAAGUAAAAUUCUUCAAUCCCACCCAAAACCGGUUCCUUACUUUUGCUGUUGCUUACGUUGUACGGCCCAACAUCCACGAUGCGGUUAAGUCCACUCGAUCCGAGCUCGUACUCCAACGCACACGAGCUUAUCAUCCGUCAUGUGGAUCUCGAUUGGACGGUGAAUUUCGAUAAGAGCACGAUCUCCGGCACCGCAACGCUUCAGUUCAAGUUGCUUAAGGCGGAUCUUCAAGAAAUUUUUCUAGAUGUGAGCGACAUCAGCGUUUCCUCCGUGGCCAUCCAAACCUCUGCCGGUGAGGUACCGUUGGAUUGGGAUAUCGGCGGCACGAUUCCCAACAUUGGCUCGAAGCUGACGCUCUAUCUGCCAACGAAGACGAGUGGCGAGUUGACGGUAGUGAUCGGCUAUGAAACCUCCCCGAAAGCUAGUGCUCUUCAAUGGCUAACGCCUGAGCAAACGUUCGGAAAGAAUCAUCCGUACCUGUUCAGCCAGUGUCAGGCCAUCCAUGCCCGCUCUAUCCUUCCUUGUCAGGAUACUCCGGCCGUCAAGUUUACCUACAAUGCCACGCUGCAUCAUCCGACGGACGUGACGGGAUUGAUGAGCGCAAUUAAGAUCGAUUCGCAGUCAGGUAUUUCGAAGUUCCAGCAGAAAACGCCCAUUCCGAGCUAUUUGCUAGCGAUCGUGGUAGGCGCCCUGGUUUCCAAGCCGAUCGGUCCGAUAUCGAGCGUAUGGGCAGAGCAGGAGCAAAUCGAUGAAGCAGCCGAAGAGUUUUCCCAGACGGCUGACUUUAUCGCGAAGGCAGAAGAAAUCUGUGGUCCGUACGUGUGGGAGCGUUACGAUCUACUCGUCAUGCCGCCCAGCUUCCCAUUCGGAGGAAUGGAGAAUCCUUGCCUGACGUUCGUGACACCGACCUUGCUUGCGGGCGAUAAAUCGUUAGCCACGGUCGUGGCGCACGAAAUCGCACACAGUUGGACGGGUAAUCUGGUGACAAAUCGUAACUUUGAGCACUUUUGGCUCAACGAAGGCUUCACCGUGUUCGUCGAGGGCAAGAUCGUCGGAAGACUAUCCGGAAAUGCUUCACGUGAUUUUCACGCUCUGCACGGAUUGAGUGAACUGACGGAUUGUAUUAAAACACAAUUGGCCGAUACACCGGAGUUGACGCGGCUGGUGGUAGACCUGACCGAACUCGGUCCAGACGAUGCCUUCUCCACCGUGCCGUACAUGAAGGGAUCAACCUUUUUGCGGUACCUAGAGGAUCUGUUUGGUGGACCGGCCGUAUUUGAACCCUUCUUCCGUGCAUAUCUGGACCGAUUCAAGUACCAAUCGGUGCUGACGAAUGACUUCAAGCAGAUGUUGUACGAUUGGUUUAUCAAAGAUCCGGCGAAUGAGGUUUUGCUCGAGCGCAUUAACUGGGAUACAUGGCUGUUCGGCGAAGGGAUGCCUCCGGUUAUCCCAAAUUACGAUCGAUCGCUGCUUGAGGCAUGCCAGUCACACGCGAAUCUAUGGGCCGAAAACGAGCUGGAUGUCAUCAAGGAUUCACCGUUAUUGAAACAAACGCUUACGAGCGUUCAGCUGAUCGAGUUUCUGGCACAGCUGUUGGAACGCAAGACGAUUGUGGGACUGACGGCAGAGAAGAUUGAUCUGCUGGCGAGCACUUAUGGGCUGCGGGUGAGCAGGAAUGCGGAGAUACGUUUCCGCUUCGUCCGGCUAUAUAUUCGCGCCCGGUUGAUGGAUCGGAUGGAGGAAAUUCUGGCAUUCCUUAACAGUAACUUCCGCAUGAAGUUUGUACGGCCAAUCUAUAAAGAAUUGGCUGGAUGGGCCGCCGCUAAGCCAAUCGCGAUCGAGAACUACAACCGUGUGAAGGAUCAGAUGAUGACCGUAUGUGCCUACACGGUUGCGAAGGAUCUGGGUCUUUCGGAUACAUCGAGCGGUGGGACUGCGUAAAGAGAUCAGCUAGGUGGUUUACGUUCCGGUUAGUGUUAUUUGAUUCUGGAUGAUGUUGAUGAAUGAUGGCGAAUGUUCCGUAAUAAAAAAGCACAAACACAUUUUACACCGCAA